AUGGGAAAAGAAGUGCAGGAGCAUGAGAAGUAUGAGGAGUAUGAGGAGUAUGAGGAGGAGAAGUUGGAGAGGAAUGAGGGAGAGAAGGGGAAGCGGGAGGAGGAGAGGGUGGAGCUGUUGCCCAUAUGGGAGAGUAAGAGUGGGCAGCGGCAGCGGCAGCUGGCAUGGAAUGCUCGCGAGGCGAGGUGCGUGGUGGCAGCACGUGGCACAGAAGACGAGGACGAUGAUGGAGGCCGGCUCUCCAGAAGCAGCCAGACACACAAGAAGCAGCAGCAGCAGCAGCCGCAGCAGCAGCGGCAGCGAGGGAGAUGGAGGCACGAUGAGGGCAUGAGGGCGUUCUUGCUCCCAGCAGCCAUGCUCAGGCGAUGCAGCGACUUAUGGAAAACGCAAGUGUGGGCUCCAAUAGAGGAAGCAGCACGUGCAGCACUGCUCCCAAGGGACGUGGCGGAGGGAUACUGGGAGUACAUGCGCUGGAAGGCUGUGCAACGGACUCUCAGCUCAUGCAUGCAUGUCGUGGCGACGCAGUCGCUGUUGAGAGCGGUUGGAGUGGGUGCGCGGCGGUCCGUGCCGGCUGCGGCGGCGCUGCAGUGGGUGCUGAAGGAUGGGCUGGGGCGCCUGGGGCGGCUGUGGUUUGUGGGGAGCACUGGCGGCUCGUUUGACUGCAAUUUGAAGAGGGUGCGCUUUCAGACGUCAGCGCUGUUCUCGGCGAGUCUAGGCCUGGACAUUCUCACGCCACACUUCCCGCACCUCUUUCUACCGCUCGCCACCGCUGCCAACAUCGGCAAGUCCAUUGGGCUCGCUGCUUACGUCGCCACCACUCCGCCCAUCCAUCGCACCUUCGCCCUGGCGGAUAACCUGGGGGACAUCUCCGCCAAGGGGCAGGCGCAAGCAGUGGUAUCGGACAACGUAGGGCUGGCAGUGGCAGUGGCGCUGGGGGCACUCACGCGCAACCACCACCAACUGCACGCGCGCCUGCCGCUCCUGCUCUUCCCACUGCUCGCAAUCACCGACCUUUUAGCCAUUCGAAGGGAGCUGCAGGCUGUGCCGCUGCGCUCGCUGAACAAGUUUCCCACCUUUUGGCAUCUCAACCCCUCGCCUGUUCCGCAUCUCCCCACACGCGCGUCUCACCACAGGAGCGAGUGGUCCCCUUCCCUGCUUCCUCUCGUACCUCUCUUCCAACUCACCCCUUGUCCCUCCCUGCUCCCACGCUCCGCGCAUGUACCUCACCAUCGGCAGCAGGAGUGA